AUGGCUGCACUCCUUGCGAUGGCUGCACUUCGUGGGAUGGCUGCACUCCUUGCGAAGGCAGCACUUUUUGCGAAGGCAGCACUCUUUGCGAAGGCAGCACUCCUUGCUAAGGCAGCACUCCUUGCGAAGGGAGCACUCCUUGCGAAGGCAGCACUGCCUGCAAAGGCAGCACUCCGUGCAAAGGCAGUUCUACGUGCGAAGGAUGCACUCCAUGCUAAGGCUGCACUCCUUGCGAAAGCUGCACUCCUUGCGGAGGCACCACCCAUUGCUAAGGCAGCACUCAUUGCGAAAGCAGCGCUCCCAGCAAAGGCUGCACCCUUUGUGAAUGCAGCACUUCUUACGAAGGCAGCAUUCCCUGUGAAGGCAGCACUCUGUGCGAAGGCAGCACUACUUGCGAAGGCAGCACUCCUUGCGAAGGCUGUUCCCAUUGGGAAGGCAGCACUCCCUGCGAAGACAGCACCCCUAGCGAAGGCAGCACUCCCUGCGACGCCAGCAGUCUGUGCUUAG